AUGGAGGAUUUCUUUGGAAACUAUACCAACCAAAAUGUCAGUCAGAAUGACAACAUGACUGAUACCCUUACUGAAGACAGUCGCUUCGUAUUGACUGUGGAAACAUACAUCAUCUUCUCCAUUGGCAUGCUGUUGACCCUCAUGGCCAUCUACUCUGCGUAUUUGACAGUAAGUACAAUAUUACUCAAAUGUAUUCAUGUACUCCUCAUGUUGGUCUGUGUCUAUUAAAUAUUCUGGUUACAGCUGACCACAGUGACUGGCGAGUGAUCUGGUAUUUCCUUGUCACAGUUAAAUGGAGCAGUUGGACAAAUGAACACCACAUAUUUGGUAGAAGGUGGAGUACAGAAUAUCUCUAAAACCACUGAUUGAAUCUGAAAACUGUUUUCCUGCAGGUGCGAAGUGAUCCUGUUGCUGCGAUCUAUGUCAUCAACCUUAUCAUUGCUGACCUUAUUCAACUCUGCUGCACGUUCAUAGCUGAGGUAUCGUCAGCACCAAUGGCCUAUAUCUUGGAAGUUUAUUUCGUUGCUAUGCUGGCCAGUAUUGGUUUCACGGUGUCUCUCUCCGUAGAAAGGUAA